ACAGCUUAUUAAUAAACAAUGUUUGAGCCUGCACAGUGUGACAGUAGAUUAAACAUGCUUUGUACAAGGCCAGAUAAGCCUUCAGAGGACCAGGAAAACCUUUAAAGGCCCUAGAAAAUCUUGCAACUUAAAAAAUUGUAGAGACACAAUUCCAACCUUUCUAAUUAUUGUUUUUGAACAAUUCAACUUUUUGUCAUUUAAUACAGUGUUAAAUUAAAAUUAAAAGAAGUUUGUACUCCAAAAGUGUCUUUGCAAGGUUCUUAAGUUACAAUUAAUUGGCUCCAGUAGUCUUUAAGUAUUAUGUUGUUUAGACCCAUAAAUGAUGUGGUUAGAUCAUAAAGAAUUACACUCUUCAGGACAUUUUGUCUUGAUAGCUAAGUAAUUUUUUUAGUACUUAAAACUCUUUCACUAGAUUUUUGAAACUUUAGUGGUUUUUGCUGAUGUUAUGAAAAUGUUUCUUAUAAAUUGUUCGUUACAUUGCUGUAUUGAUAUUUCCUUUUUUGUGGUUAAGAAACGGGACAUAAAUAAAUCAAUUCUGAUACACAGUAUGGUUAUGUGAAACAAGAAUAUGAACUUAUUUUGUGCACAUAUUACUUUAUUCAUACACAUGUGUGUGGGUUGUUACCAUGCUUGUUUUAGCAGAUGGAUAUAUAUCUUUGGCAAGACAUACAUGUUCUUUUAGCAGAAGAUAUUUCAGGUGUUGAAUGACAAGAAUUCUUUCAACUGAAGAAGUAAACUCUUCUGGUUGCUGGAUGUGUACUUUUGGGAAUAAAAAUUGAAAUCAUACAAGGACGUCUUUAUGUGAACAUGCUGAGAAGAGGAUCAAACAGAAACAUGAAAUACUGCAUACACCUCAGUUCGGCCUGAUGGAUUAUAAUGUAAUACUGAUAACUGACAGUGUUCAUGCAAGAAGCAAGGCAAUUUUUUGAAUUUUGAAAGACCAAGUCAUCUGCACAGAAGAAAUGAGCUUGAUGUGAUUUGAAAGGAAACAAAACGGAAUUGAAGAUUUCUUGUCAAGGGUUGAGAAUUACAGCGGAAAUGAGGACGGCAGUAAUUCAAUGAAGUGGUCAUUAAAGUGCGAGUCAAGCACUCAAUCGGAAGCAUCUCAAGUUGGUGACCAGACAUGCUUGUUAAGGAAGUGUGCUGAAGCAUCUAAAGUGGAAGGCGGAAGGAGGGAUACAGUGGUUACAAAGUAAUCUGAUGCCGACACAAACUCAGCUUGGAACUUAGAUACAAAUGUAUAGAUGCCUUGAGAGUCACAUGCCAUCAGAAUCCAAGAAUGAUGACAAAUCGGAUGAGCAGAAUCUAACCUGUGCCAGUUCGGAUGGCCGAGAUAAGAAAUUACCCAGCUCCUUCAAAGACCCACACAGCUCAACAAUGACGAGGCGACUUAAGCUGUUUCUAGCCUUCACAGGGAUGUUCAUAUCCACAUAUCUUUUGAUAGUAAUCACAUAUGUUGUGGACUUGCAACCAAGUUUACUGGCUCAGAGUUUCAGCCAAUCUGAGUAUGCUAUGCCAGGUGUGGGGUUUAGAAAACUUCUUGGGGAGACUGAUUUAACACGUGCAGAACUGAAGGGUGUGAAACAAAGGCUGCCUCAGUGUAUUAUCGUAGGUGUGCGAAAAUGUGGAACACGGGCUUUACUAGAAUUCUUGGACCUUCAUCCCUAUGUGGCUGCCGCAGAUGAUGAGGUACAUUUCUUUGACAACAAUGCUAAUUACAAACAGGGCUUGGAGUGGUACAGGACUAAAAUGCCAUUCUCCACUCCUCAACAAGUAACCAUUGAGAAAAGCCCGGCAUAUUUCAUUACAGAAGAUGUUCCCCAGAGGAUAUACCAAAUGAAUAGCUCAAUCAAACUCAUAGCCAUAUUAAGGGACCCAACCACUCGAGUUAUCUCAGACUACACUCAAGUUUACAUAAACAGGAUGGCUAAAAAUAAAACCUUUGACAAAUUUGAAAACAUUGCCAUAGACACUGCCACAGGGAAAGUGAACACUCGCUACAAAGCUGUUCGAAUAAGUGUGUACCACCACAAUUUGGCUCGAUGGCUGGAGAUGUUUGGGCUUCAUCAGAUCCACAUCGUGGACGGUGAUCGUCUGAUCACUGAUCCCAUUCCCGAAAUCCGUCGGGUAGAGUCUUUUCUGGGACUAGAUCAUUUCAUUACUGAGGAGAACCUGUAUUUCAACACGUCUCGAGGGUUCUACUGCAUGAAAAAUGGUACCUCAGAACGAUGCCUGGGAUCAACCAAAGGACGUAAACAUCCGCAUAUUGAUGAAACUGUCACACAAAAACUACAGGAUUUUUUUCGUCCUCACAACAGGAGGUUGUUCAGAAUGAUCAACCAACAAUUAGAGUGGCCAUGAGCAACAGAAGACUGGGUUAUUGAUCUGUGACUUUGUUAAGCCAGAGAACUGAAGCAGAAUCUAUGAUGAACACAUCAGCUACUGACAUACAUCACAGUAUUCAGUCUGGAUUUUGGUACAGCACCAUAACUCUUAUAACCAUAGUAUGAAGGAUUACGAAGGAAUGCAAAUUAUCCACCUGAGAAAUGGAAAUAAGUAUAUUUAUGCAUUACUUGUAAAGGCUCAGAAGGUAUGCAAAAGUCAGUACCAUGCAAAACUGUUAGAAAAGGCUGAAGAUGAGGUUAUUUUCAGAAUUAAUCAACAUAUUGACAGUGUCUAGUGCACAUUAGAUUGCCACCACCCUAUAACGUACAUCAAAACUACACAUGUACAUUGAAAGUGUACAUACAUGUAUAGUUGUGCUUUGAAGGAUUAAAAAGUACAGCUUUUUUAAUAAACCGGAGUUAGAGCUAACCAUCAUCUUGCUAAAUACAAUUAAUUGCACAACCCUUUACAUGUGGGAAAGUACAAAAGCAAUUGUAUAUCAACAUGUACUGACUGUGACCUGCCUCCAUUAUGAGUGUUACAAUAAUAAUACUGUGACACCAUUGUUGAUCAGCUGUGUUGAAAAAACAUUGAGUAAUCCAACAUCCUGUCAAACACUGAGUAUACUGAUGUCGUGUCAAAAAGGAGAAUUUGAAAUUGUCUUAAACAUGGUUCUUCUAAACGCGGUUUUCUGUAGAUGUUGCAAUAUCAUAACAAGAACAUCGUGCAAAAAAUGCCGGUGUUUUACACCCAAGGUCCUGUUGUUCAAAAGUUUUACACAGGCCCCUCAUGUUCGAAGAUAGGAUGUCAAGAAAUUCAACUGACACACCAACAGGAACACUUUUAAUCUGUAUAUAGGGCUGCCUGUCUUAACAGCUAAAAGGUGAUACCGUAAGCCAAAUAUUCUGGUGAUUAAUUACAUGAAAACCUAAAUCUUCUGCAUGUUUUUUUCAGUUCUAGCUGAUACUGUACUUGUAUGUAGGCAUAUGCAGGCACUUUGUUAAGUGAGAAUAGUUGGCAUUGUAGGCAAAACUUCCAAGAGGAGUAGUCAUUGGUUCAUGAGUUAUGUUUUGUGAGAUUUUGCUUAGAAACAUCGAGGUUCAUCAUAGAUUCUGUUUUCUAUCUAACACCCUAGACCAGAAGCAUCUGGUUGUCUGCCAUAGAAUGGGAAUGGGAGUAAUCCACGGUAGAGUUGCUAUAUAAACAGUGCUAAUGAUAAUAAUAAUAAUAAUGAUAAAACAGCCUCCAGUGAAUGUACAGUUGAGUGUGUGUAGAUGGAUGAAUAUUACUUAAAGGGAUGAAUGAUAUGGUGAUGGACAUGAUUGUUAAAAUGACAUAGUGAAAUGGUCUUCAUUUUAGUACUGAUGGUCCAAAUGUCAUGUAAAUAUGUGCCUGAGUGAGAGAAUGAUUGAUUGGCUCAUUUAUAUGUUUCAUUAGAGUGCUUGAUUGGCUGCCUUGCGUAAUGCAUUGUGUUUUUAUUUGUUGACUUGUGUCCAACAGUGUAAGAAAUGAGGAAUCCAAGAGAAUUAAUUGCUGAGAACAGUAGAGUUUAGCUCUGUGGUUACCUCCCUUGUGCAUCUACAAAUGUGACAGAAGAAAAUUAUUCUGGAGAUACUAGCCACUGUGAGAUAACAGGAGUUUAAGAUUCAUAGAAAAUGCAUGUAUAGUAAUUUGAUGCAAAAUACCUAUAUCUACAAGUCUGUGUCCAACGAUGUAUCAGAAAGUAUAUUAUAAAGUGAUCCAGACUAAUAGCUUAGAUUUAUUGUUGAUAUCCGUUGCUACUAAAAACCAGCAAUCCAAUCAUAAAUGCAAUUGACAAUUUAUCCUUCAUUCGAGUGUGAUGAAUCACUGUCAUACAACAAGCAUGACCCAAAGUAAUUUGUCACAAUGUUGGAUUGUCUAUAUUAAUACUCCAGAAUGCACAUGUAGAUGUAUCUAUCAUGCCGAUGCAUCCUGCCUGUAUCACAGAAUGCAUGGACCAAAACAUUGUGCGACAAUAAUGGAUUGUCUAUAAAAUAGUCACAACACUAUGGUAUGUCAUUUAUAGUGUUUAACUUAUUUUGAGAGUGUUUUUCUCAUAUUUUCAAGAGACAUUGGUUUGUACAUUGUCAUAUACAGGUAUACAUUUAUAUUUAUCUGUCAAAACCUUGUUUUUAAGGCCAUCAGUAUUCCUAUCCCUUUUUUGUUUUGAAGUAGAUAGACCUACAGUGAAUAAAGACCAAAGAUAUGUUGACAGAAUAUUAUAUCUCUGGCAAAGCAGAAAUAUACCAUAACAAUUGUUUCAUAUUGAAAUGUCAAUAAGCUAUCAAAGUCUAGUCUCUAGAUAUAGUAUACAUACUUCAUGCACAUGGUUAUAUACAUAUGUCAACUGCAAAUUUUAUGCCAUGACUCAAGUAUGUGUUUCUUCAGUUUAUGACUGACUUGCCCAUAUUAGUGUUCUAUAGCUUUCUAGUUUUGAGUCUGCAUUUACUUUGGUGAGAGAUCUUUUCUGCUGGUGCCAUUUUGUUGGAAUAACAUGUGAGAAUAGUGAUCAUUCUAUUUUGCUGCAAUGUUGCUACUAUGUGAGCAUCUCUAUAGGCAUGUGUGUUAAUAUUACUUUAAGCAAACAUGCCUCUUUCAGUCCUGAAACUGUUUUUGAAGCCAAAAUAAAGUCAACCCAAAUAUCACUGCUGAAUGUGUUUAGUUAU